AUGGAACAGUUAAAGAAGAAAGGCUUUGCACUUGGACUAAUAUAUACAUUGAAUAUAUGCAUAGUAUUGUGUAGUGCAAUCACUAGCUCUGACACAAAUGUGCAAAAUAUACAAGUAGAAGAAGAUAUUCCUCUACAUAACUCUAAAUUAUCUUCUCAAACCAAUAGUCUUGAGCUAGAAACUAGUAAUAAGCAUAAAGUUGUUUUUUCAAUUAAAAACCCUUGGUAUGUGGAUAGCCAUUUAGUAUACGUUAGCAGUCAAAGUGGCAAUUUGGAAGAGGAUUCCCGGCCUAGCACAAUACACGUAAUGGCUUUAGAGUUGUCUACUUCUGAACUAGAAUCAGCUACAAAAGAUAAUAAUGGCCAGAUUAUAAACAAAAAACUAGAGUUAGGGGAUAAAAUGCCUUUAAACCCUGGCUCCUUAUAUAUUAAACCAGCAAAGCGGAGAUCUAUUGAUGUUGAUGUAUUUUCUUCUACUAGAAUAAAAAAACCAUACGGUAUAGAACCAGAACAAUAA